AAGUAAACGAUAGUUUUUUGUAGCUUAGUUUUGGCAGAUAAAAAGAGUGUUGGAAAUGAUGCCUGGAACGCCAAUUGUCUGCGUCUGUGACUACUGGAAGCGGCGCCACUACUACAAUUGCUCACCACCAAGCCCGGACGCGCCCACAACAAAGGCCAACUGUGCCCUUUACAGGAAAAGGCAACUGCGUCGUUUAAGGCUACAAGUGAAUGCGAUAAAUGGCAACUAUUAUCUGCGAGAGUUCGUGCAGCAACGGGUCCUGGCAUUUGGACUGCAGAGACACCACGGCGUGCAAUUGAUUUGGCUGGACUUUGAGCCACCGGAACGGGACACCAUCGACUACAAGUGGGCACAGAUACUGGCCCACACCAUCCGUGAGCACGUUGAGGUGCAGAACCUGAUGUCCUGGCUAUCCACACUCGGCGGUGGCUUCUCAGCACUGGGCGAUCAGUUUGAGCGAUGCGCAAAAACAGCUGGCAAAAUCUCGUUGCAACAACUGAAUAUUGGUCUCCGGCUGGGCGAUCCCUUCCUACAGGCACGCUGCAAGCUCUACUACAGCAUAUCGUUGAUCCAGCGAGGACACUUGCUUGAGGCCAAGCACCUGAUCCGAGAUCAGCAACAGUUUGCGCGUGUUCACAGUGAGAAGGAUCAGCGGCUGGUGCGCAUGUGCCAAGCCAUUUGGAUGCGACUCAUUUACGAGUACAAGCUGAGGCGUCAGCGGAUUAAGCAACCACAAUCGGGGAUAGAAUGCCAGUCGAGCCCAAGCCAAAUACUUGUAUAAAAUGACUUGCGACGAAAGGAGCAGAAAGGAUGGAGGAUGAGAAUGCCAUCUGCCUAACUUGUCCCAGAAAACACACAAAUUAGUCCGAGGACAGUCUGACUAACCCAACAGUGGACACGCUUGAGUUUCCAACGAAAACAUUUUAUGAAACUUCCAGCAUAACCUCAUUGUUGUAUAAGUUCACUCACAAUUCCACACACUCCACUCGCCGCAGCACUAGAUACCUAAAUAAAUAC